AUGCGGCCUAGCAAGGCUGAUGCUGGAGAAUGGCUCUUCGGCGACAGCUGCCCGGUGGCGGCGCUCGCGAGCUUCCUGACGUCCGAGAGACUUCCGUACCACGAGGCGACCCAGCGGGAGUUCCGCCCGGCUCAGGUCGGCGACAGCUUCGGACCCACGUGGUGGACCUGCUGGUUCCGCGUGGAGCUGAGCAUUCCAGAAGCAUGGGUAGGCCAAGAAGUUCACCUCUGCUGGGAAAGUGAUGGAGAAGGCCUGGUCUGGCGCGAUGGGGAGCCCGUCCAGGGUCUGACCAAAGAGGGUGAGAAGACCAGUUACAUCCUCACUGAGAAGCUGGGCGAUGGAGACCCCCGGAACCUCACCCUCUACGUGGAAGUGGCCUGCAACGCGCUCCUGGGGGCGGGGAAGGGCAGCAUGAUCGCGCCCCCGGACCCCGACAGGAUGUUCAAGCUGAGCCGGGCCGAGCUGGCUGUGUGCCGCCGGGAUGUGCACAGGCUCCUGGUGGACCUGGAGCUGCUGCUGGGCAUCGCCAAGGGCCUCGGGCAGGAGAGCCAGCGCAGCUUCCAGGCCUUGUACACGGCCAACCACAUGGUGAACGUGUGUGACCCCACCCGACCCGAGACCUUCCCAACGGCCCAGGCCCUGGCCUCCAAGUUCUUCAGCCAACGCGGAGGUGAAAGCCAGCACACGAUCCACGCCACGGGGCACUGCCACAUCGACACAGCCUGGCUUUGGCCCUUCAAGGAGACAGUGCGGAAAUGUGCCCGUAGCUGGGCGACGGCUGUGCAGCUCAUGGAGGAGAAUGCCGACUUCAUCUUCGCCUGUUCCCAGGCCCAGCAGCUGGAAUGGGUGAAGAGCCACUACCCUGGUCUGUACGCCCGGCUCCAGGAGUUUGCCUGCCGCGGGCAGUUUGUGCCCGUGGGGGGCACCUGGGUGGAGAUGGACGGGAACCUGCCGAGCGGCGAGGCCAUGGUCAGACAGUUCCUGCAGGGCCAGGCCUUCUUCCUGCAGGAGUUUGGGAAGACGUGCUCCGAGUUCUGGCUGCCGGACACGUUUGGCUACUCAGCCCAGCUACCCCAGAUCAUGCGCGGCUGCGGCAUCACGCGAUUCCUCACGCAGAAACUCAGCUGGAACCUGGUGAACUCCUUCCCGCACCACACCUUUUUCUGGGAGGGGCUGGAUGGUUCUCGAGUGCUGGUCCACUUUCCCCCUGGGGACUCGUACGGCAUGCAGGGCAGCGUGGACGAGAUCCUGAAGACGGUGGCCAAUAACCGGGACAAGGGGCGGGCCAACCACAGCGCCUUCCUCUUCGGCUUCGGGGACGGGGGCGGCGGCCCCACGCAGACCAUGCUGGACCGCCUGAGGCGGCUGCGCAACACCGAUGGGAUGCCCAGGGUGCAGCUGUCUUCCCCGGACCAGCUUUUCUCAGCACUGGAGAAAGACGCCGGCCAGCUGUGCACGUGGGUCGGGGAGCUCUUCCUGGAGUUACACAAUGGCACCUACACCACCCAUGCCCAGCUCAAGAAGGGGAACCGGGAGUGCGAGCAGAUCCUGCACGACGUGGAGCUGCUCAGCGCCCUGGCCCUGGCCCGCAGCGCGCAGUUCCUCUACCCUGCAGCCCAGCUGCAGAAGAUGUGGAGGAUUCUGCUCCUCAACCAGUUCCACGACGUGCUGACCGGAAGCUGUAUCCAGCUGGUGGCCGAGGAGGCCCUGAGCUUCUAUGAAGACAUCCGUUCCCGUGGCACCGCGCUGCUGGGCGCGGCGGCUGCGGCCCUGAGCGCCGGGGAGCCCGGCCCCGAGGGGCUCCUGGUGGUCAACACGCUGCCCUGGCCGCGCACCGAGGUGCUCUUGCUGCCCAGGCCUGGGGGGACCCACAGCCUAGCUCUGGUGACGGUGCCCGGCGUGGGCUACGCCCCGGCUCCCAGCCCGAACCCCAGCCAGGCCCCAUCACAGCCCCAGCAGCCUGUGGGCGUGGUGCAGGAGAGCGACGGCUCAGUGACCCUGGACAACGGCAUCAUCCGGGUAAAGCUGGAUCCGCUGGGCAGAGUCACGUCCCUGGUCCUGGUGGCCUCCGGCAGGGAGGCCGUCGCCCAGGGUGCCCUGGGGAACCAGUUCGUGCUGUUUGACGAUGUCCCCUUGUUCUGGGACGCCUGGGAUGUCAUGGACUACCACCUGGAGACCCGGAAGCCCGUGCUGGGCCAGGCGGGGGCCCUCGAGGUGGGCGCCCAGGGCGGUCUCCGCGGCAGCGCCUGGUUCCAGCUGCAGAUCAGCCCCGACAGUCAGCUCCGACAGGAGAUUGUGCUGGACGUGGGCUGCCCCUACGUCCGCUUCCACACCGAGGUGCACUGGCACGAGGCCCACAAGUUCCUGAAGGUGGAGUUCCCCGCCCGCGUGCGCAGCCCCCAGGCCACCUACGAGAUCCAGUUCGGACACCUGCAGCGGCCCACCCACUACAACACCUCCUGGGACUGGGCCCGAUUUGAGGUGUGGGCGCACCGCUGGGUGGAUCUGUCGGAGCACGGCUUCGGCCUGGCGCUGCUCAACGACUGCAAGUACGGCGCGGCCGUGCGGGGCGGCGUGCUCAGCCUCUCGCUUCUGCGGGCACCGAAGGCCCCCGACGCCACGGCGGACAUGGGGCACCACGAGUUCACCUACGCCCUGAUGCCGCACCAGGGCUCCUUCCAGGACGCCGGCGUCAUCCAAGCUGCCUACAGCCUCAACUUCCCGCUGCUGGCCCUGCCGGUGCCCGGCCCCGCGCCCGCCACGGCCUGGAGCGCCUUCUCCGUGUCCUCGCCCGCCGUGGUGCUGGAGACGGUCAAGCAGGCCGAGCGGAGCCCCCAGGGCCGCACGCUGGUCCUGAGGCUGUACGAGGCCUACGGCAGCCGCGUGGACUGCUGGCUGCACAUCUUGCUGCCCGUUCAGGAGGCCUUCCUCUGUGACCUCCUGGAGCAGCGGGACCCCGCCGGCUACCUGCCCCUGCGGGACUCCCGGGUGAAGCUCAGCUUCUCCCCCUUCCAAGUGAGGUCCCUGCUGCUGGUGCUGCAGCCUCCCCGGAACUGAGGCCCUGGGGCCUCCCGUCUCCACUUCCCCGACCUGAGCCAGGAUCGGCUGCCUCUUGCAUAAUAAACCCCCGGGUCGGUAGCCCCGGCCCCGGA